UACACGGCAAGGUUGUAGUCGGAAUGACAUUACAAUUGAUACAGUGUUCAACUUCUGAACGAAUCGGUCGCGGAGUGUAGUGAAUUAUCAUGGAAUUGGAUACACAUGUUAAUAAUAACACACAAACCCAACUAGAAGAUGAACAGCAGAAUUCUAAACCCCCACCUCAGCCACCCCCAGUCGACAAAAAGAAGUUUGUCUUCCACACCAAGAAGGAACCGUACGAUUUCGUUGCAUUUAGGAAUGUGAGGAAACCUACUAAUGCCAUAGAGUCAACAGGCCAUCUUAUCAAAGGCUGCCUUGGAGGUGGAAUUCUGGGCAUACACGAGGCUUAUAUGAAGAAUGGAUUGUGGACUUCACUCUUUCUAACAAUCAUCUUUGGAUUCUACAUCACAUAUUGUGUGCACAUAUUAAUCAAGUCAGCACAAGUAUUAUAUCAAAGGCUGCAUGUGCCAGAGAUGUCUUAUCCUGAUGUCGCUCAGGCGUCGUUAGAGAUUGGACCAUUUCCGAACUUGAGGAAAUACGGGGUAUGGUUUCGGUACGCAGUAGACUUAAUGAUAUGCAUAGACCUUUUCGGAGCUUGCUGUGUGUACCAAAUCAUAAUAGCGGAGACGAUUAAACAGCUGAUUGAAGAAGGCUACAACCUUAGUAUUGGAGAUCGGGAUCAGUUGAGGUUUUAUAUCCUGGCUUUACUCGUGCCGAUACUACUUCUAUGUAUGAUCACGACGCUGAAAUAUUUAGCACCGUUCACGUUGGUCGCUGAUAUAUUUAUUGUUGUAUGCGUGGCUGCAACGGUAGUUUAUAGUAUCCGAGUGGCGCCCUCUAUAAAACAAAUGCCAGCGUGGAAGAACGCGUUGGGUUUCUUCGAGUUCUGCGGCAUAUCCAUAUUUAGCAUGGAGGGAAUUGGUGUGUCAUUGCCGAUAGAAAACAAUAUGAAGAAUCCGAGGCAGUUCCCGUUGAUAUUGUGUUGUGGUAUGUUUGUGGUGGUACUCUUCCUGAUAUUGGUGGGAUUCUUCGGUUAUUGGGGAUUUGGUGAAAGUUCUAGGGCACCAGUGACGCUCAAUUUCCCAUCAGAAACCUUCCCCACCGUACUCAAAUGCCUCAUGGCCAUCAUGAUCUUCGUGACGUUUGCCCUUAACUUCUGGGCGCCCUUCAACCUCGUCUGGCACUAUUUGUCCAAGAAACACAACCCUAGAAGGUUCUGGAUCUGGGAGAGGGUUUACAGAGCCAGCUUCAUCGUUGCCAUAACGUCUAUAGCUGUUGCCUUCCCGAAUAUAGGGAACCUGAUGGGAUUGUUAGGAGCAUUCUGCCUCUCGAACCUAGGCUUCAUAUUCCCAGCGAUCAUUGACCUUUUGGUGGUCUGGGAAGAUCCUGGAUUGGGGAAGUUCAAAUGGAGACUUUGGAAGAACGUCUUAGUCUUAAUUUUAGGUGUAAUAUUCUUCAUAGCUGGUACUUACUCAAAUAUUAACGGUCUGAUUUCCAGUUUGUAUAAAUCAUAAACUGAAAUUCUUGUGUCGUCACCGUGUGUGUUUAAAAUAAGUUAAAUCAGAUAAUUAAUUUGUGAUGCUUCGAUCAAAUAUGUUUGAAUUGAAAUAUAAGUUGUAAACUUAAAUUUUAUUUAUACCUGCUAACGUAAAUAGUAAAUAAAUUUAAAGAU